CAAAACCCUAAUCGCUGCGCAUAUAAACCUUACCGAUUCGCCCAAAUUGUCAUCAGUCUGCAACGAUCUCUCUAUUCUCCUCUAUUCCGGGCUUUCCAAGAAUCUCCGCUCGGAAAUUUGUUGUUCUCGUUGAAUAUUGCAGUUUCAAUUAUUGGUUUGAUUAGUUCGAUUUGAUUUCAUCUUGUUCUUCUUUUUUGCAGGUUUUAGCUUCGAUUGUUUGCUCGAUCUGUCUAACGUUUGUUGUUUUUGCAGUGAAUUCGUGCAUAUUUUGAUAAUCGGUUUGAUUUGUAGAUAUUUGUUAGGGUUUAUUAUACGCUUUCCUGCUUUUCUGUUUCUUUUUGUGUUUCUUUUUCUGUGGUAACGUAAUGGACAGGGGAAUGAUUAAUUCGUCAGCCUCUUCACGAAAGCCUCGAUCACCGCUUCAGGAACAGAUCCUGCGUAGAAAAAGUUCACGAGAAAAUUUGGAUCGGUUCAUCCCAAACAGGUCGGCCAUGGAUUUCGAUUACGCACAUUACAUGCUUACGGAAGGCAAUAAAGGUAAGGAAAAUCCAUCUACAAUGCCAUCAUCUCCGUCGAGCCAGGCGUACAGGAAGCUGCUCGCCGAAACCCUCAACAUGAACCGAACAAGGAUUCUGGCUUUCAAGAACAAGCCACCAACCCCAAUCGAUCCCAUCCCGACCGAGAUUUUGUACCCUUCUGAGCAAAACGCUAAACCUGCCAAAGCUCGUCGGCACAUCCCACAGACCUCAGAGAGGACAUUAGAUGCCCCCGACCUCGUCGACGACUACUAUUUGAAUUUAUUAGAUUGGGGCAGUAGCAAUGUUCUCUCCAUUGCUCUUGGAGGGACUGUGUAUUUGUGGGAUGCUACCGACGGGAACACAUCCGAACUCACGACAGUCGACGAAGAAAAUGGCCCGGUGACAAGCGUUCGAUGGGCUCCCGACGGCAGGCACAUAGCCGUGGGCCUCAACAAUUCAGAAAUCCAGCUAUGGGACUCCACCAGCAACCGGCUGCUCCGAACAUUGCGAGGCUGCCACACGGCGCGAGUCGGCGCAUUGGACUGGAACAACCACGUACUCACCACCGGAGGAAUGGACGGCCUGAUCGUGAACAACGACGUAAGAAUAAGGGACCAUGUUGUCGAAACGUACAGAGGCCAUCAGCAAGAAGUGUGCGGGAUCAAAUGGUCGGCGUCGGGGCGGCAAUUGGCGAGCGGCGGCAACGACAAUGUGCUGCAUAUUUGGGACAAAUCAAUGGCGGGCAACGGCGGGCAGUGGUUGCACAGGCUGGAGGAUCAUAGAGCGGCGGUAAAGGCGCUGGCUUGGUGUCCUUUUCAGGCGAAUGUGCUGGCCUCCGGCGGCGGCGGCGGCGAUCGGUGUAUAAAGUUCUGGAAUAGCAUCACGGGGGCUUGCUUGAACUCUGUGGACACAGGGUCGCAGGUGUGUGCACUGGUGUGGAAUAAGAAUGAGAGGGAGAUAUUGAGCUCUCAUGGAUUUACUCAGAAUCAGUUGACGCUGUGGAAGUAUCCAUCCAUGGUGAAAAUGGCGGAGCUCACGGGGCAUACUUCUAGGGUUCUUUUCAUGGCCCAGAGCCCGGAUGGGUGUACUGUUGCAUCUGCUGCAGGGGAUGAAACAUUGAGGUUUUGGAAUGUGUUUGGGGCACCAAAUGAAGUGGCGAACAAGACGAAAACAGCAGCAGCAGCAGCAGCAGUUUCUUCAGAGCCUUUUGCUAAUGUGAAUCGUAUCAGAUGAUGGAUUGACUGACUGAGAGAGAGAGAGAAGUGGCGAUUGUUCAUUCAUUCAUUCUUCUUCCUAUCGAAGAAGAAAGAAGACAGACGACAAGCCCAGGUAAGCAGCAUCCAUCAUCAAUGGCGAAUUUGGGAUAAAAUGGGUGGUGUGGUGUGAUUAUUUGUUGUUUCUUGGAUGGGUUUUUCAGGUUCUUUGCUCUUGUUUGAUCUUGUUCUUGUGGCUAUGGUAAAUGCUGAUCAUAUUGAAUCAAUCAAUCCAUGGCGAUUCGAUGAUGGAACAGAAUAGAAUAGAAUAGAAUAGGAGAUGCAGUGACUACUGAUUGGUUGAUGGGAGAGAAUCACUCACUGGCUGAUUGAUGACUGUGGUUGGAAUUUGAAAUAUAAUAUAUAUAUAUAUAUAUGUCUCUCAAUCUGUCUAUUAUCUAUUUAAAAUUUUGUAUUCAACAUUUAUGUUA